AUGGCAGACUGGAUCGAGACUAGCAACGGGAAUCGCAUCUCCAAGAAGGCUACGAUCACGGGGUCGCAGCGGAUCCUGAUAGCAGGUUCGUGCCUUAUUCGUGAGAACUGCGUGGUAGAGGGCAACGUGCGCACGCUGGAGAAGUCUGCUAGCGCGAUUUCCAUGGGGCGUUUUUGUAUGCUUGGUAGGGCAUCUGUAGUGAAGCCGGCGGUUAUCGGAUACAAAACCGACAAGAACACGGGCAAAUCGGUAUCAAUCCACUGUCCACUGGUCAUGAACUCUUAUACGCUGGUGAAACCGGGCGCACAGAUACACUGCAAGCGUAUGGGUAGCCGCGUUGUCGUAGGUGCGAACUCCAUCCUCGCCCGCUGCUGCACCAUCGGGGACGUUGUGAUAAUCGAAGACGAUGUCGUGGUUCCUGAGAACUGCUAUGUCCCGUCCUUCUCCAGGGUACGAAGACACUCCGAGUGGCCUGGAUCCAUUGACAUCACGCCCCUGAACGAUAGUAUGCGCCAGGUGAUAGAAAACUGGUGCAAGCAAGAGUACCUGGGAAUGACGCCGGACUACGACGACUAA